AUGUCUCUCAAGGAUUCCAUAAUGACUUCUUUUAACGCUCAAGAGCCAUGGCCAGAAAAUGUAAAAUUAUUUCAACCCUAUGAGGUGGAACAAAUUUUGCUUCCCGAUAAUGCUAGUUGUCUUGCUGUUCAAGCCUUCCUGAAGAUGUGUAAUCUUCCCUUUGAAGUGGAAAUGCGUUGGAAUGCUGAGUUCAUGUCACCUUCUGGACGUGUACCUUUUAUAAAAUGUGGUGCAUUUGUGGUGUCAGAACUGGAACCUAUUGUCCAGUUUGCAGCAAACAAGGGGGUGACACUUUGUGGGCGUUUGUCAACUGAAGAGAAGGCUGAAAUGCGAGCUUAUAUGAGUCUCAUUACAAAUGUUCUUGUGAAUGCAGAGCUGUACAUAUCAUGGGUGGAUCCUGACACCUUCAAUGCUGUGACGCGUAUACGAAACGCUUCGGUGUACCCGUGGCCGUUGGGCUGGAUACAGACCCGCUCCAAGCGGAACAAUGUCAUUAAACGGCUCAAAGCACUGCACUGGUAUGACAAGACCCUUGACCAGGUUUUAGCCGAUGUAGAACAGUGCUGCAACUCUUUGAGUCAACGUCUCGGCGAACGCGACUACUUUUUCGGAACUCCCACACCACUAGACGCCUUGGCGUACGGUCAUAUCCGUGCGAUCCUAUCAGCCAACGGGCCGAAAGCGGCGAUGAUGAUAAAGCCCAUCACAAGCGCUCUGCUCAGACACCUGAUGCGGAUGACGAACUUGACGCGAAUGCCGUUAACGCCUCAAGAGGACUACCUACUCAGUCAGGCCACUCAGAUAUCGCUGCGGAAGCGUGUGCCGUUCGAGAUGAGCACAAGCAAAAGUAGCACGAGGGUCAAACGCUCCAAGAUGUGCGUAAGCGUAAAGAGCCCUUGCAAGCACCUCGUUCCGAGCAACAGUGACGUCUUCGGCUUCAAGCCGUUUGCCUCCAAACAAAUAAUAAUAAUGACAUCCGAGGGAGGCAAAAUAAGUUGCGAAUGCGAUGGCGCUUUGGAACACCUGUCUAUAAACAACGAGAGCUUUGCGUUCAUGGUCGAAAUCGUCGAUGAAAUACUCGCGAAAGUCGACGAGAUCACCGCCAUAAUGCCAACGAGCAACGUUGAUAGGGGAGAUUUCGUUUUGAUCCCGUGCCCGAAUGCGAAUGACGAAUGCAAUUAUCCCGAUUACGAAAACAUGAACGAAUAUCUCGAGACGAUCGCGGAGAGCGAUUUGACAAACACAACGAGCUCCGCCGACGAAGACGAUGUUGCACAGAUAAUAAAUGAUGACGAAAUCGACAGCGAUGGACUAGUGAAUGACAAACAUCUGUCCGGAAAUGUCGUUGCGAAUGACAACGCUAAUUUCGCGCACAGGCCAACGGAGCUGGACGCGUUGGUGUUCGGCCACGUGUUCACAAUCAUCACCACGCGCCUCCCCUGCCGGAAGCUGGCCGAUAUCGUCCGCCGACACGAGACUUUGGUCACCCUGGCCAAGCGUAUCGACGAGCAGUACUUCAAGCGGCCA